AUGCACAAGGCGAGAGCCGUGACCCCGAGGCCAGAUCCAAGCGCUGGAAUCGCAGCGGCAGAUGUACGAGGCACUAAAACCUUCCAAUUCGUCACCGCAAACCCCUCCACCGACGCCGAACGCUCCAGGAACAAAACCCUCGUUCGUUCCAAUGCUUCCAACUACCACUGGCGACGGGUCAAGAAGUCUACCGAUGGAACCGCAAGCCGAACGGUCGGAAGACGUCGUUCUUCUAACCGCGGCCAGGUCAAGCCUUCCAAGAGAACCCUCGCCCCCGCGACUCCUCAGACCGUCGCAUCGUCCUCGACCGAAAGUGAAGAUCGGACACCCAAGAGCGAAGAAGAGUCAAUCGAGCUUGUCAACGAGUCGCCUCUGCCAGGAAGCGAGCUGGUCAUCACUCCCGCCACCCACCUGUCAAGCUUGGUGGUCUCGGGGCAUCAUGACCCCUUUGAAACAUAUCCAUGCGACUUGCCCAAGGAGUUCGUGAGCCCUGUCCUCGACCAAGUGAAUAGCUUCCUGUCUCUGAUGUUCCCGCCUGAGAAAGGACAGACCUUCAGUCCACAUUCUGAGAAAUGGCUUCGGAUGACCUUUCGCGAUCGAAGUCUCUUUCACGCGUCGUUGUUUUGUCAGCUCACACGCAAUCGCAUUUUUCUCUUGUCCCCUGCCGAGUCCCGAGAACAAGUGCAGUGUUACACAGAAACCAUUAGAGGCGUGCAUCAGAAGUUCGCCGAUUCUUCGAUGAGCUGCGAGGAUGAAAAUAUCCUGGCCGUGUACGCCCUGUCAUAUCACGGAGAGCCUCGACUUCAUCCUCCCGCCGCUGCACCAUCCCAAGGUCCAUUGACUACCUUGCAACUCCUUCAUCUGUACGGCGGCCGCCUGCAUACUGUCAAUGUGCAUCUGCAAGGUCUGGCCAAAAUGUUGACUCUCCGAGGAGGCCUUUCUCAAAUCAAGCUCCCUGGGCUAGCGCAAGCUAUUUCUUUUGGCGACAUCAUUCUUGCCAGCCAGACUCUUACCAAACCAAUGCUGUCGUAUGAGAAGAUGCAUGACGAUGUUAUCGGACCUUUGAAUGCAGCCUCAAGAAAAACCCAUCCGCUUGUCGGUCUCGGCAGAGGGUUCCGUGUCCUCCCGGAAAUACUCGGACAUGAGAUGGUAGAAAAGCUCCUCAUUGUUCUGAAAUGGAUCAUUCAGUACACGUUUGCUGUGGACGACCAUGUCAAAGAAAGACCAGAGGCUCAGAAACUGGGCUGCCUUUCAGACGAGAGAAAUUUCGUGCAGCACAAUCUCCUGCUUUUGACACCGCUUCCUGCGGAGGUUCAAGACGAGCACCCAUUGCUCAGGCUUGCGCGGUUGGGCACAGUCGUCUACAGCCUGCUGGUGGUAUUCCCGCUUCCAGCGAUUGCCGCCCCUUUCCACCAACUCGCUCGGGCCAUCAAAACACAGUUAUUAGACCCGUCUAUCCAGCCAUGGUGGACUGAAGCAUCCGACCUGAUCCUGUGGGCUACGGCGAUGGGCGCAAUUGCAGCAGUAGGGUCGUCCGAUCGUCCAUGGUAUCGCUCCAUUCUGGACGAGCUUACUCGACGGCUGGGCAUUGGCAGCUGGCCAAGUAUGCGGGAGCGGCUGGGCAUGUUUUUGUGGUAUGAAUACACAAACGAUUCGGACGGAAUCAGGCUUUGGAGAGAGAUCGAGGAGUCCAACCUGUUCCGCGUGCCAAAGUGA